UGGCGUUCCUUUGCAAGUUGGGAAAACAUUGGCCAAUGGUCAUCCUGAUGAUCUCGAUUGCUUUUUCGCUUUACUUCUCGAAUCCUAAAUGAACAAAUUGUUCAGUUGUGCGGUUCGAACUUUCGAUUCCUUGUGCCUUCUGAGUAACUAGUUUGCAUUCGAUUUGUUCUGCAAGAUGAUGCAUUCACUUCGAGUUCGGGACGAACAUUUGGUCCGCCGUGAGCACAGGCUCUACUGCGCUUUGAUGGCCCACCCUGCCCUCCCUUGAAGGGAAUAUUGCAGGGCUGGCGCCCGCGGGUUGGUUUUGGAGUGUUCCAAGAGUUCGGCGGUUGCAGUUCGAUCAUUGCUCAUAAGGCAUUCGUCUUUGACCAUGGACCGGCCGUGAUUGAGGCGCGGGAUGUUUGGUUGUGAGUGAUUUCUGUGCACUUGCAUUGUCAAGGUUUCUUGUGACUUUCAGAGUUCAUGUUGACGCUAGGUUAUUCCGCGUAACGCUUAGCUUCAUUUCUUUGAACGCCUUGCCUCCUUAGGCUUGUUAAGUGCUCGCCUAUCUAUCUAUCUAUCUAUCUAUCUCUCCAUCUAGCACAGUUUGUAGCGUAGGCAAAACAUGAAACAUCCAAAGGAUCCUUUCCUGCCCUACCACAUGGAGGCAGCAAAGCGACCUGAGGUUCCCAAAGUGCCAGAUGAAGACGAGCUGGGUCGUGGUGUCAAAAGGACCCAGCAGGAGUCAGCAUAAUGACCAACUUGAUGCAAUCCAGCAUUUCUAGCCUGCCAUCUGCUGACUGGCAAACGACUUCCACCUCAAGCUUUCGAGAGCCAAUCCGAGAUGACCGGGCUUCUCCGACCAUGCGAAAGGUUUGGGAGAAGCAUCGACGGAAAGAGGAGCGAGAUGCUCAGAUCUUGGAAGCUCGUCGACUUGCAGCUGAAGAGCGCAUGGUACGAAAUGCCUUCAAGGUGAGCCAGCAGAUUCGAGACUACGAAUCAACGCAAUCCAAAUACAAGGAGCUGCACCAGCUUCGCAUGGCUGAAGCACUGGAGCGCAAAGCUGCCCGGGAUGCUGAAGUUCAGGAGAGGCUGGCGGUUUUAGAUGAGUUCAAGCUCCGCAAGAUGAGGCGUGCUUUGGACAUGGCGGACGAGCAGCUGGAGCUCAAGAGAGAUAGAGUGACUGAUGGCUUGGAGGUGUGGCAACAACGUGUUCGUCGUUGUCGCAGGCAUGCUCGGAAUGAGGAGCACAGAGCCAAGGCCAAUCUAGAGUCCAGCCAAGAGGCCUAUCUUGCUCGGCUCACAAAGGUUGGCAAAGCACGGAACGAAAAGACAGAGACACAAGCGCAGAAAAAUGACAAACUCAAGUCAAGGAUCCAAAUCUCGCUGAUGCAGCAGUUGGAAGAACAGAGGAAACUUGAAUGUGAUCGACAAGCGCUGGCAACGGAGGAAAAGCUGGAAGCUGCCAGAUUCCGCCGGUACCAAAACUCCAACAAGUACAACUUCCUGGAGAAGGCCUUUGGAGAGCAGGUGCGCUUUGACCACAAGUUUGCCUACAUCUCCUCUCUGAAAAACCUAUCUCAAACAAGGUGAAAAAGAU